UAACUCCAUUUCUGCUCCGCCUAAGGUGUGCAAAAAGUAGUUUAAUUGAAGCAUAACUUUCCACACACAAAAUUGUCCCCUCUUCCUCUCUUUCUGUGGCCAUCAUCUUUCUUUCUUUAGAGAGAGAGAGUGAGGAUCUGUGGAAAUGGCGGUGGAUCCAAGGCAGGUGUUGGCUGGUUUCUUAACGGUGACAAUGUUUGUAAUGCUUGGGAACAUGGUCAAGCGAGACCAUUUUGAUUCACUUGAAGCAAACCAUUCAGGAGCACCAAGUGGUUACGAUUUUGAUAAUGUGAAGACUACGCAGCAAAACAUUGAAACACUUCCUAGCAUGAGCAAUGGGCCUUGGAAAGUGAAUGCUGGCCCUGAUCUAAAACCUUGUUGGACAAAACCAGCUUCAGAAGAGGCAAAAAAAUCAGAGGGUUUCGUCACCUUCUCAUUAACCAACGGCCCUGAAUAUCAUGUCUCACAGAUUGCUGAUGCGGUCGUAGUGGCAAGAUAUCUAGGAGCGACUCUUGUACUACCGGACAUAAGGGGAAGCAAACCAGGGGAUAAGAGGAACUUUGGAGACAUUUAUGACGUUGAUAAAUUUGUCAAAAGCCUGUAUGGGGUGGUGAGAGUCACUAAAUAUAAGCCUCCUGAUGUAUCAGCCCAGAAUUUAGCAGUUGUGAGAGUCCCUAACCGAGUUUCUGAAAACCACAUUGCUGAACAAAUUAACCCGAUUUUCAGAACAAAGGGUAACAUAAGGCUGGCAACAUACUUCCCGUCGGUGAAUAUGAGAAAGACUGAAGAAAUCAGUAAUCUUAAUUCUUUGGCAUGUUUGGCAAUGUUUGGAACUAUAGAGCUACAACCAGAGGUUCAUGAAGUGGUUGACUCAAUAAUUGAGCGGCUAAGAACUUUAAGUCGGAAGUCGGAUGGUCAGUUCAUAGCAGUGGAUUUGAGGGUUGAGAUGUUGGAGAAAAAGGGUUGCCAAAGAAGUGGUGCUAAGAGCUGCUACAGUCCAGAGGAGAUUGCACUUUUUUUGAGGAAGAUUGGUUUUGCCAAGGACACCACUAUUUACUUGACCCAAUCAAGGUGGGAUAGCAGCCUUGAUGCUCUGAAGGAUUUCUUUCCUAGAACUUACACAAAGGAAGGUAUUAUGCCGGUGGAUAAAAAGGAAAAAUACCUAAACUCCGAACCUACGGAAUUUGAGAAGGUUAUUGACUACUACAUUUGCAGCCAAAGUGACAUUUUUGUACCAGCCAUCUCAGGCCUGUUCUAUGCCAAUGUCGCCGGUAAGAGAAUUGCUUCUGGCAGGACUCAGAUCCUGGUUCCUGCAAAUGUUCCCGGUUCUGCAUCUGCACCAGAUUUCAUAUCACCAUAUGUCUCAAAGAAGAACCACUUGGCCUAUUCUUGUUUCUGCUAGAUCUUCAUCUGAAGGGACCUGAAGAUAGCAAUUUGAGCAAUAUUUUGAUACUCAUAUUUCCUAGUUGCCUCCAUUUUUUUUAGUAAAGCAAGAAGUAGUUGGUUAUGGCGUUCAUACUUCCAGGCAGAACUCAUGUAAAGACUAUUUUCUAGAGUCUCUUCAAGUGAGCAACUGUUGCCAGAGGCAUUAUGAUCAAAAGUAGUUUAAGUAUUUUCAAA